CUAGACGGGACGGGUCAACUUGACUAGAAAAAAGACUAGACGGGACGGGUCAACUUGACUAGAAAAAAGACUAGUCAUUUAACCAGUCUUUUGCUCACUUGGGUGCUUCAAUCAGAAAAGGAGCCAACUAUUCGACAACGUGCCGAUCCUAAUCAGAUCAAACAUUUUGUUAGCUGGCUAGUCGAAAGUAAUACUCUUGUGUCAGGUAAAGUUGAUUUCGACACCUGUCCCAAUAAUUAAAUCCAUUGAAUAAGCUAGUACCCGUCUUUGCAAGCAGUUGAUGACUAGCAUGCUUAUCAUCAAUUUAUGUGUUGUCUAUAAAAAAUUGAGAUAGCCAUUCUUUCCGAACUUUCUAAAAGAACUAACAUCAUUUUUAUUAAUAGGCACCUAUGGACUUACAACUCUUCGUAUGGAUACAGGUGAAAAGGUACAACUAUCAAAACAGAUACUACAAUCUCAAAAAACGCAUGCCAUAGUCAGUUAUAAGCAGUAUUGUGAUGAGACUGACUUCGAAGGUCUUUGUAAUAGAAAGUUAAUUGAUAUUCUUAGUAGUCUAAAACCCGAGCAGCAACGAAUCGUGGCUGGGUUGGACGACUUUGUCGUUGAAGGUGUCGAAGCAUGGCGUUGCUUAUCAAAUAUAGUCGAACUAAUGCCAAUUCCACAAUGCGAAAGAAAGCGGUUGCUAAAACAGAUAGAAAUGGCAGAGCAGUAUCAAAAGACAACCCAUAUUGGACAUUGCUCUGAAAAUUCUGACUGCAUUACACAUUGUACUACAUUUGGACUUAGUGAUCCAAUAUGUCCGGAACAACAUCGCAAUUGUACACAAUCACAUACCUUUGAUUGCUCUGACUGGGUUAAUAUUAUUCGUACAAUAGAUGAAAUUCAGGAAAAAAUUGAAAAACUAAGUAAUGAAGAAGUGAAACGGGAAGCCAAAUACGACUUUGACAAUGCAGCUCAACAUAUUAUAGAAUGGUCCCAUCACAAUCUUCGUGCAGCGCAACAGAAUGAUGCAAAAAAGAGUCAAAAUACGUAUUUUGGAAAGAAAGGUAUGUCAGUACUUAUUGGUUCAUUUGUGUGGAAAAAUUCAUCAAAAACAGCUGCAACUACCACCUCUAAUUCUACGACUGCAUUCAACACUGAGUCUUACAUUCUUACUCUUACGAAUGCAUCUCAAACAGAUCUCGAUUCUCUUAGUGGAAGCGAAAUUAUAAUUAAGCAAUUCAAAGAAGAUCAUAAACAUAUAAUAAAGCUGCACAAGAGAACGGAUAAUGCUGGCAAUUUCUCAUCACAUUCUACACCUGAAAUCGAAAAGCUGAUAUGUGAUCGAUUAGGUAUCCAACUCCUGACUCACGAUUAUAGUGAGGUUCAGAAAGGAAAGGACAUCUGUGAUAGAGUAUGUGGAGUGGCCAAAGUCAGAUUGCGCUCAUGGGGUGCCAAUGGCAAUGAUAUAAUCUGUGCAAAUGAUAUAAAAGAAGGCAUGGAAUACGCCGGAGGAGUAAAACAUACAAAAAUAGCAGUCGCAGAGAUCGUGCCAGGCAUGGGUACCUUAGGAAAGACCAAUAUUCUGAAUGUUUCAACUGUUCGCUCUAUUCAAUACGAAUCAAGAUAUAUGAAGGUCUCCAAGGCAUCGAACGUCGGAGAUGGAUCAAAAAUAGCUUACAAAAAAAUCGACUUUGAAACCAGCAUGCGAUUAACAAGUCCUUUCACAAUUCCCAUUCAAGAUCAAGAACACAGUCUUGCAAUGAACAAGAGAAAUGAUCGUAUUCAUCACCAAUUUUUAAUGUGUCCUGUAAAUGGAUGCACCUCAACUUUUGAAUUUAACGAAGAUCUCGAUUCACAUAUGGCAGUCAAUUUACACAAAAUUCCACCACCCGACCCACGAACUUCUAAUGAUAUUGCAAGACUACAUUUGAUAGACACUGUCCGUUCAACAAAUCUUCAAUCUCACCACGAUAUCAAAAAAAUAAAAACAAAUCAAACCUCGUCAACUGAUGCCAUAUCUCAGUCGGUUCAUUACAAAAAAUUUUCAUCCCUUGGAUGGGCUCUCCGUACUCGAAAGCACAUUAAUACGAUGAAUGAUAAAACAAAAAAGUUUAUUCAAGAUAUGUGGCUACAUUCACAAAAAAACUGGCUCCAAACUAACACCUGA